AUGGAUGAUACCGAAUUCGAUCAAGUACCUCAAGUUUUAUUUCAAGAUGUUCCAUCUGUCAAGUACAUCCGUUUUGUUGAAGCUCUCAUUCCAAUGACAAAUGAUACACGUGCUAUAAUAUGUGGUGCUGACUCUACAAAGGUUGCCAUUGUCGCCGCUCGAGUUGGCAAUGGUCGGUGUUUGGUAUUCGGACAUAAAAAUUAUCCUGCUUUUUUUCUUGCUAAUGACUCUGAAGAUCAACGUUUUAUUGAAAACUGUCGUCGAUGGUUGUCUCAAGGAAAAGAUGUACAAUUUGAAUCGAUCGAUGAGAUAGAAUCGAUAGAUAGUGUCAAGGAAAAAGGAACAAUUCUUGUGUGGAACGGACAUAACUUUAAAAGCGAUGCAUUUAUGGAUGAUUUGCGUAUAUUUUUACAAGAAGGUGGUGCUCUGGUUUGUGGAGUAGGUGCCUGGAAUUGGCUAUACCACAAUAGCGGCAAAUCUCUUUCGGAUUAUUUAACCGGUCGUUUUUGUGAGUCAAUUGGAGUCAAAGUGACCGGUUAUUUGGCUGGUUGUGAUAAUCCGAUUCCAUUUAAACCUGAAAUGGUUCAAUUCAAAAAUGUUUCGAAUGCUGCUCAAGCACUGGCCAGUGAACCCAAAAAUGGCGAAUAUUUGGCUAUCGUCGGAUCAGUAGUUAAGGAACUAGGCGAUGCGUUGCCUGAUGUAUCGGUUGAAACUCUACAAAAUCUGGUUGCAAAUGCUGGAAGUGAUGUUAUCCCAGCAAAUAAAUCUCCGAUUAAAGAUAAAUCAUGUCGACAGCAAUCAAUCGGUUUAUGCGGUAUUUUAUGUGGAUUACCUGGUAUUAAAGCUCCUGACGAAUUUCCUGGUGAUUUUGAUAAUUCACCAUCUACGGAAACAAAUGUCACAGUUAACAUUCAAUCGAAGGCAGCUAACGAAUGGUAUUGCACAGGAUACUAUGUGGCUGCAGGAACUACCAUAAAAAUUGACGUAUUAGAACAAGUUGGUGCAACUGGAUGGUCAGCUCGAAUUGGUUGUCACAGUGAUAAUCUCGAGAACUGCAAUAAAUUAUAUCGAUGGCACUGUAUAUCCAAACGAAAACUGUUGUCUGGUACUACUCUCAAAAUGAGUUCCGCUUUUGGUGGUCUUCUCUUUCUUGAGAGUCCUGCUGGUGAAUCAAAUUCCAUUAGUGUUAGCCUACAGAAUGUUGUUCUAGCACCUACGUAUGAUCUCAUGAAUCCAAAUCGAGCGGAAAGUUGGGAAGACCUACGUGUUCAUGCACAAGGCCUAUGGACAGAUAUUGCUGGCCAAUAUAUUGUUUUCAAUCUUCCUUCGAAAAGUGUACUCCAUUUUGAUAGUGCUCAAUUAGAUCGAGCUCUUCGUUUCUGGGAUACCGUAGUACUAACACAUCAUGAACUGCGAGGUACUACACCGACACGUCGAGAACGCAUCGUAUGCGAUGAACAACCAUUAGCUGGCUAUAUGCAUGCUGGCUAUCCGAUUGUAACUGGAUUGGACGUAGCUGAUCCAAAAGUUGAAAAUUUCUUACUGAAUAGUGAUAUUCUAGAAAAGAAAGGCGCUUGGGGUCUAUUUCAUGAAAUCGGUCAUAACAUGCAGCGUGAUUGGUGGAGUAAUUUUGCUGUUGAAGUAACCGUGAAUAUUUUUACUCUACAUGCCAUGGAGGUUAUUUGUAAGUUUCAACCAUGGAUUCAUUCUUGGCUUGACGAUAAAAUAGAGAAGGCACGCGAGAGUAUAAAGAACGGAACGCCUUUCGAUGAAUGGAAAGCAACUGCCGGUGUUGGCUUGUUUGUCUAUGCACAGCUAGUACGAGAGUUUGGUUGGGACAGCUAUAAGGCUGUCUUUCGUCAAUAUGAAGAAACUAAACCGACUCUGAAUAGUGAUCAAGAGAAGAUAGAUCACUGGAUCACAACCUUUUCACGUCAAGUAGGCCAUAAUUUGGUUCCACUGUUCAAAUUUUGGGGUUUUCCAAUUUCACAAUCAACUGUUGAUGGCCUUCAUGAUCUGCCGAUUCGAGAAAUCUCCGAUGAAUUCAUUCAAGUAGCACCAGAACGCUAUCAAGUCUAA